GCCUAUAUUUUUCCUCCAAGUGACCACAUCCUAGAUCUGACUUCCGAAAUGGAGGAUAUCGCCUUUGUGAUGCCGGGAAUUUGUGCAACCCAGAUCCGCGUUGGAGAAGGGGCUUUUGAGAUGGCGAAUAUUGUCCAGAUCGUCGACGGUUGCUUCCGCACAGGACGGUUGGGAUUUUGGACUGCUACUAUUGUCGCCACAUCGGGAAUGGCAAGAGGGAAGAUUGACAGCGAUGAUGAUGAAGAUGAUGAGGAUUUAGGGUGUGGAACGGCAGAACGACAUAAAAAAUAGGGAGAAAAGGUCGGGUUAGUGAUGGUAAUUUGAACCCGCUCCCGCGAGUAUUACCCAACCUGACCCGUGAUGGGGUGGGUAUUACUCGAACCGUAGUAACGUGGGACGAGACAUGGGUAUCUACUUCCAACCAGCACUGCCCUGCCCCGCCCCAAUCUUGGCCCAUUUUACCUCAAAUACUUACAAUAUAUACUCUCAUAUUUCUCAUAUUUUGACUUUUUUUCAACUAGUUAGACUUAAUUACAUGUUCUAUUAUCACUACUUUUCAUUUAUAAAAUUUCCCCCCUUCGUUUUAUCGUUAAAAGUAAACUUUGUGUGUAUUUUUUUUUAUAACAUAUAAGAGUGGGUCGACCCACCCGCCAUGUACUCGCACGGAUAUUACCCGCUCCGACCCGUAGUAGCAUAGGACGGGGCAUGGAUAUUGAGGUACCCGCCUUUCCCCGCCCCAUUGCCAUCACUAGGUCGGGUGGGGAAUUGAGUUGAGUUCAAUGACAUGUAAGAUCGAAUUUUGAGUUUUUCGGGUUAAAAUUGGUUGACUGGACUUUCUGUUAAGUCAUUUUCACAAAAAACUGACGAUGUUAACAGAGGCUGACAGAGACUAACAAAUAGUGACUAAACGUGAACUAUUUAACUCAUCUUAGUGACCACGAAUGAAUAAAAAACUCAUCUGAUCAAACGUGAUUUUUUUUUUUGGGUAGAAAAUGGGGUGCUAAAAGGGCAGCCCUGUCUGGCACUUAAAUUAAACGAUUUUGAGCAAUGCCCAUAGUGUCAUACAGAAUCCAGUAAGAAAGACCUGGAUCCGAA